AGAGAGUCUUAGCUUAUCGGUAGAGUUGAGUGUGACUUUUGCACAGAGGCUGCGUAUCCUCGGGGAAGGGGGUGACGUCGACGGCAUAACGGCGACGCCACAGUGUCCCGAGAGCGUCGCGGCGCCGCGGCGGGGAGGGCGGCGGGGACAGUCGCGGCCCGCAGACCGUGGGUGAUGCUGCCGACGACGCCCGCCCGGCCUAGCGAGAACCCGGCUUGCUUUUCAGGGUAGUAGGGUGUCCCCGCAUUUUCUGUCUACGUGGUUACAAGUGGGGGCUGAGUUCAGGCUAAGUUAUCAAGAGGAUUUUGAAAUGUCGGUGUAAUGAAUUGACUGUGACCACGUGACUGCCCUUUAUCUUCAGAAAGAGAAAGAAGACAUUGUGGUUGUUGCAAACCGACACGCAGCGCUGACCGCACUUCGCAGCGGUUUGGGCUGUGUCCAUAGUCGAGACUGAGCCUCAUGUAAGCCUCAAAUUUAAUCAAAUUGGACUCAGACUUGUAGUUUUGUUUUUGUUUUUUUCCCCAGCUCCAACCAGUGCGAAUUCUCAGGACUGAAAGGAGGAGCAGGAGGUACUGAUGGGCAAGGAGGUACCUUCCGGUACACCUUUCAUGGUGAUCCUCAUGCCACAUUUGCUGCAUUUUUUGGAGGUUCCAACCCAUUUGAAAUCUUCUUUGGAAGACGGAUGGGUGGUGGUAGAGAUGGUGAAGAAAUGGAAGUAGAUGGAGAUCCUUUUAGUGCCUUUGGAUUCAGCAUGAAUGGAUAUCCAAGAGACAGGAAUUCUGUGGGACCAUCUCGCCUCAAACAAGAUCCUCCAGUGAUUCAUGAACUUAGAGUAUCACUUGAAGAAAUAUAUAGUGGCUGUACCAAACGCAUGAAGAUUUCUCGAAAAAAGUUAAAUCCUGAUGGAAGGAGUUAUAGAACUGAGGACAAAAUUCUCACCAUUGAGAUUAAAAAAGGCUGGAAAGAAGGCACCAAAAUUACUUUUCCAAGGGAAGGAGAUGAAACACCAAAUAGUAUUCCAGCAGACAUUGUUUUUAUUAUCAAAGAUAAAGAUCACCCCAAAUUUAAGAGAGAUGGAUCAAAUAUCAUUUAUAAUGCAAAAAUUAGUUUACGAGAGGCAUUAUGUGGCUGCUCAGUUAAUGUACCAACGAUGGAUGGAAGAACCAUACCUAUGUCAGUGAAUGAUAUUGUGAAACCUGGAAUGAGGAGGAGAAUUAUUGGAUAUGGGCUACCGUUUCCCAAAAACCCUGACCAACGUGGUGACCUUCUAAUAGAAUUUGAGGUGUCCUUCCCAGAUACUAUAUCUUCAUCAUCCAAAGAAGUACUUAGGAAACAUCUUCCUGCCUCAUAGAAUGAAAAACUUUUGUUAUCUGUAUUUUAAUAAGGCACUGAAAAUAUAAAAGGACUGGCAGUUACUGAUGUAGAUGUGAAUUCUGUAUAAAGACAUGUAAAUUAUUUUGAGGGUUCAUUAAAUUGCAUGACUAGAGAUGGGUCAACUAACUAGGUUAAGGGAUUUUUACAGUUAAGAGGUGAAGAGGAAACCAUUUACUGUAUUUUAUUUCACUUUUAACAAACCAGAUGUUUAAGAUAUUUUGCUUACAUGUAAACUUUUGUGGAAUUCAUAGAUACAUUUCUAAUAAAGUACUAGACCACCCAAGUACUUCUAAUAUAUUUGUCCAUAUAAUUGGUUCUCAUUUAUAAUAGGAAUUUAAAUUCUUAAUGAUAAAAGUGAUAAGGAUUUCUAGAAGAGAAAAACACAAGUCAUUUGAAAAUGUUAACUAGCUUUAAAUCACCAUCGAUAGAGCAGGUACCCAUAAAAGAAUACCUUAACGUAUAUGUUUUGCCAUUUUGAUCUGUUAAGUAGGCCAUUACAUUUCUUAAUAGCAUAGUUGUAAUGUUCUUAAGGGAGAACUUUUCUUCAUAAAAAGGAAAUUAAUGGCAAUUUAUCUCCUGUGGAAAUCCCAAUUGCCUGAAUUACUGCUAUUUUAGAUAUAGGCUAUUUUUAAAUACCAUAUGUAAUUUUAUGUGAGUUGACUAUAUAUCUUGGACUUAGUAAAUUAUAGGCACAUUUUAUUAUCUAAUAGUUUAACAUAAUUUGUUUAAUGAUAAAUGUGUUUUUAAAGAAAAUAUUGUUACUUGGAACUAAUUUUCCAAUGACUUACUGUCUCCUCUAAAUACUCAUCAUAUGCUCUAUGUACCUUAUACAGUUUCCCUAAAAAUAAUAUACUACUACUAUGGCAUUAAACCAAAAUAUGGGAAAAUAAACACUGCUGCUUAUAAA